AUGUCCGGUGUCAAUGGCAGCAAGCCGAAUCCUGGCCCGCCGACAUUAUCGGCAACACCAACGUACUCGCUGCCACCUCAUCCAGCCACCACCAAUGCUCAGCGCCAGCAGAGUCCUGCAUCGCAUGCAGCCGCAUCCACCCUCGCUGCCCUUGCAUCCAGCCCGCCCGCUUCCUCCAGUGCACCCAGCCCACGACCGCAGCAAGCUUCAUCAUCUUCGUCGACCUCCUCGGCAACGCCUUACAAUGCUCGCAACAGCACUGCAUCCUUGUUGAACCAGAGCCUGUACUCGAAUGCUUCAUCUUCCACCUCAAAGGCCGCUGCGGCUGCUGCUUCGACCAAGUCGCCAUUAGGCUCACCGCUGAAAAAGCAGAUCGAUCUGAGCACAAAGCCGCCUCCCGCUUCGUCAUCCACGUCGACGCCCAUCAAACCCGCCUCGUCGUCGUCCGCGGGCACGCCUACUUCGACUCCAGCCAAGGAAUCCGCCUCGAGCAAACGCAAAAAGGCGAAUCGUGCCUGUCUGCAUUGCCAAAGGGCGCACUUGACUUGUGACGACUCGCGGCCGUGUCAGCGCUGUGUCAAAAAGGGGCUUGCCGAUUCGUGCAUGGAUGGCCACCGAAAGAAAGCCAAGUACUUGUUAGACGAUGACGAGCUUGAGGAGCUCAAGCGCCAGAAGGAGGCCAAAAAGGCGGCAAAGCAGGCAGCACAGCAGAAGAACACGGCCGCUGCGCAGCCACGCCAAUCGCAGACAACACAGCGCGACCCGCCGUCGUCGACAGCAACAGCACAGCAGGCACAGCAACCUUCGGCACCGUCCCCAGGAAAGGCAUCCGCUGUCACCAACAUCCUCGAUCACGUCACGGCGGGCAUCUCCACACCCAGCUCUUCCGGCCACGGCCCGUCCCCGCACCAGCACGAUUACCUCUCGAGUAAUCCCUUUGACUCCAAGGGGGGCGACCAAGGCGACCUUCCUGCAGCUGGCAAUGGCGGCGGCGCACCGUUCGACCUUUCGUUUGAUCCAUCAGCGCACAACUUUGGCAGCGAAGCGACGAGUCUUGAGUAUUCGAUUCUGUCCUCGAUGCUCAACGGCACGGACCUGCAGCUGUUGGGGCCGUCGGGGGCCAGUCCGGACUUCCAGACGUCACCGGCAGUUGGAGUGAUGGAUGGCUGGAACAUUGCUAGUGGCGGACUAGAUGCGAUUCUGAACAUGGGCCUGGAGCAGAAUCAAGUGCCCGGCGCAGGGGGUAUGGACACGGCUGCGGCAACCUACAGCGAUACGGCAGGGAUGGGCGCCUAUGCGGAACCGCAGCCGAGCACAGGGUUGCAAGAGGUGGCAGGAGAGGGCGCGUUCAACGCGCUCGAAGUGCCGAGCCCCAAGCCGGCCAUGAUGGAAGAGCCCAGUCUUCUUGCGAGCGGUGGCGGCGACGAGGCACAGCAACCAGCCAACGUGGCGUCCAGCAACAACCAAGUCGAUCUGGGCUCGUCUUCUCAGCGCUCGACCUCCAACGAACCCAUCGCGGAUAUCAACAAGGCCAUCGCCUCUCGUCGCGUCGCGCGUCAACAGCAGGACACCAUCUGGCGUGCCCGUAUCGCCAAGACGUACCGCGACAACACAGCACCCUUCCCCUAUCCGGAAGGCUACCACUUCCUGGUCAAGUACGUCACGUCCAAGUUCGAAAAGCAAGACGUGCUCCGCAUCGUACGCGCCCUGGCCAUCUUCCGACCGUCGCUCAUUGCGCUGCAGAUGCCACUGACUGAGGAGGACGAGGUGUUUGUCGAGCGUUCGUUCCAGCGGACCAUGUUGGAGUUUGAGAAGCUGAUCAGUUUCAGUGGCACGCCGACGGUGGUGUGGCGGAGGACGUGCGAGAUCUGCGUGGUCGGCGCCGAGUUCUGCAUGCUAACGCAGUGGAGUAAGGACCAGCUGAUGGGGAGGAGGAUCUACGAGUUUAUGGAUAAGAACUCGACCUUGGAUUACUGGGAGAAGUUUGCGCAGCAUGCGUUUGAGAACACGACCCAGAGCGUCAUGACGACGUGCACACUGGUCAAGCCCGACGGGAAGCUGGUGCCGUGUGCGUGGAGCUUUACGAUCAAGAGGGACAUUUUUGACCUGCCGAGUUUGGUCGUAGGGAAUUUCUUGCCGAUUCUGUCGUAG